CAGUUGGGAUCCCUCGGCGGGAGACGGAGCGGCCCACCUGCUUCCGGCUCCCGGAGGGCCACACUCUGACCAUUCCGGGGAGCUGGCUUUUCCACCCGGAGCCCUCCCAAGAGGGAAGAGAAAUAAGGACGAGCGACUCUUCCCCGCCGCCUCGGCGCAGACGGCCUCCUCGCCUCGGCCUCCCCAGCGGGGCCGGCUCUGGAGGCCAUGUACCUCCCUUUGACUCAGAAGUGGCUCAAGAGGAAGGUCAAGGCCCUCUUCCUCCUGCUCAUCUCCGUGGCCUUCCUGCUCCACCUGGGCCUGAAUCUGGCCCUGCCCGCCAACCCUCACACCUGCUCCUGCCGCAGGCAGGGGGAAGCCGGAGCCGGGCUCCCCGCACCCCACGGUCCCAAGCCCGGGAGCCGUCGGGAGCUGCAGGACUUCAGCAGCAGCAAAGAUUCCUUGGAGCAGGGCUCCCGUUUACAGGCUACGGGACCCGCGGGGAGGGAGACCACCGAGGGGGCGGUGGGGAAGGGGCUGGCCCAGGCUGGGAAGAGGUCAAAGCUGGCCGCCCUCUUCGCUCACCCCCUGUACAACCCACCGCCCCGGGUGCUCGGAGAAGAGGACCGGCUGUUCACCGUCAACACUCGGGAGAAAUUCAUCCUGAAGGGCACCGGUAGUUCGGAAUGGGUCAGCGAUGAUGGAGACCAGAAGGCGGCCGCGACCGGGGACGCGGCCUAUGCCACCUACCCAACCUGGCUGCGCUUCCACAUUGGCAUCAACCGCUACGAGCUGUACCCCCGCCACGACACGCUGGGUCCCAUCCUCCUGCAAGAGCUGGCCACGCACAACAUCGUCGGCGCAGUCCAGAAGUCCGGGGGGACCCAGCUGAAGCUCAUCAUGACCUUCCCGAACUACGGACAAGCUCUCUUCAAGCCUAUGAAGCAGACCCGAGACCAGGAGACCCCCGCAGAUUUCUUCUACUUCUCUGACUUUGAGCGACACAAUUCGGAAAUCGCAGCUUUUCACCUGGACAGGAUCCUGGACUUCCGCAGAAUCCCCCCUGCAGCCGGCCGCAUAGUGAACAUCACCAAGGAGGUCCGGGACAUCACCACUGACAGGAAGCUGAGGAAAACCUUCUUCAUUUCCCCAGCGGGCAACGUGUGCUUCUUCGGCGUGUGCUCGUACUACUGUUCCACGGAGCACGCCCUGUGCGGGAAGCCUGACCUGCUGGAGGGCUCCCUGGCCGCCUUCCUGCCCAACCCCACUCUGGCCAAACGCCACAGUUGGCGCAGCCCCUGGAGACGCUCCUACAGCAAGAGCAAGAAAGCAGUGUGGGAAGGGAACCCAGAUUACUGUACCCGUGUGAGGCAAACGCCGCCCUAUGACAAGGGUUCCCACCUGCUAAACCUCAUCGACAUGACCAUCCUGGACUUCCUCAUGGGGAACCUGGACCGACAUCACUAUGAAACCUUCGAGAAGUUUGGCAACGAGACCUUCCUGCUUCACCUGGACAAUGGACGGGGGUUUGGCCGCCACUCUCACGAUGAGUUCUCCAUCCUGGCUCCGCUGGAACAGUGCUGCAGGAUGAAGAAGUCGACCUUUGCGCGCCUCCAGCUCCUGGCCACGGAGCCCUACCGCCUGAGCGACGUCAUGCGUGAGUCCCUGGCCUCCGACCGGCUGAGCCCACUGCUGACCGAGCCCCACCUGGCCGCCCUGGACCGACGGCUGCGGGCCGUGCUGGCCCUGGUGGAGCGCUGCGUGGCCCGGGUGGGGCCCGACGCGGUCCUGGCCGACGACCCGAGCGGGCUGAGCUGAGGACCCCCCAGGUUCUCCCCUCCCACUGCCUCUGUCCCCGACAAGCCCUUGGCUCCAGGGCCCCUGGUGGGAUGGGCGCAGGAGGAGAUGCUCCAUCUCCUCCUUCCUGAGCAUCCAGGAAGCCUGCCCUUGAGACUUUCUGGGGGUGAUGAUAAUGAUGAGGAUGAUGAUGCUUAUGGUAUUUGCUAAAUUUUUACCGUGUGCCAAGCAGGGUGGCCUA